AUGUCUCUCUCAGCAACCAGGCUUAGGCCCAGCCCAAACCUGACAGCUAUGUGCCACCUCCGCCGCAAUAAGGAAUCAGGUCGCGGUCAUAAUCCUUCCAAUAUUUCGCGCUUCGCCUUCACAUCGUUCAUAUCGAUUAUGGGAAAUUAUGUUAUUACUGACUUGCUUAGAUUUCUUAACGCAUUAGCUGCAGCAAUUCUUGCCAAAAUACGGGGUUCCAUAACGGCCAGUGGUUCUUCUGUUAUCUCCAAUGGAGAGAGCAAUGGCAACGUAAAACCACUACCUAAUCUGCAAAGAACUUACCAAGUGGUAGUGGCUGCUACUCAAGAUUGGGGCAUUGGUAAGAAUGGGAAGUUACCCUGGAGAUUGCCUACUGAUCUCAAAUUUUUCAAGGAGAUCACAGUGAAAACAUCUGAUCCUGGGAAGAAGAAUGCCAUUGUAAUGGGAAGGAAAACAUGGGAGAGUAUCCCUCUUCAGUACAGGCCUCUUUCUGGUCGCCUUAAUGUUGUUCUUACACGCUCAGGCAGCUUUGAUAUUGCAACUGCGGAGAAUGUUGUUAUAUGUGGAAGUAUGUCUUCUGCAUUGGAACUAUUAUCUGCUUCUCCUUACUCACUUUCAAUUGAGAAAGUAUUUGUUAUUGGAGGUGGUCAGAUAUUUAGAGAGGCUCUCAAUGCACCUAAAUGUGAAGCUAUCCACUUAACAGAAAUUCAGUCAAACAUUGAGUGUGACACUUUUAUGCCUUCAGUUGAUGUCACUAUAUUCCAGCCAUGGUACUCAUCCUUCCCUAAAGUGGAAAACAACAUCCGCUAUUCUUUCACCACUUAUGUGCGUGUAAGGAGUUCUAAAGUGGAGUCCCCGAGUCAGAAUACUGAUCCAUUUUUUAAUAGUAAUUCUGAUUCCAUAAAAUUUGAGGUGAAGGAUUUUUCUUUUCUUCCUAAAAUGAUUUUUGAGAGACAUGAGGAGAAUAUGUAUCUUAAGCUGGUUCAAGACAUCAUUUCUGAAGGUACAACUAAGGAUGAUAGGACAGGGACUGGUACCUUGUCAAAAUUUGGUAGCCAGAUGAGGUUCAAUCUGCGCAGAAGCUUUCCUCUUCUAACAACUAAGGCAUGUGGUAGAGAUUAUGUUUCUUCGAUUGAUUGUAGAAAGUAUUUUGGCGAGGGGUUGUUGAAGAGCUUCUUUGGUUCAUCAGUGGCUCAACAAAUGCCAAGGUACUACAAGAAAAAGGCAUUCAUAUCUGGGAUGGCAAUGCAUCCAGAGAAUAUCUCGAUGGGCAAGCAUGACUAUACGUUUUAA